AAUUAGUGUGCAAGGAGUAUGAUACUUACUUUCACUACGGGCGUUACUUUCUCAUUAAACCCAGAAUUUUUCUGUUAAUUUCCCGAGAAUAAAAGAGUACGCAGAAGUUUUACUUAUUCAGAAGGUAUGUUCAAGAACCAAUUGCAAGAGUUGGCUCAAAGAAGUUGCUUUAAUCUGCCAUCUUAUUCUUGCAUUCGAGAAGGCCCCGAUCACGCUCCUCAGUUUAAAGCUACCGUAAACUUUAAUGGAGAGACCUUUGAAAGCCCUACGUUUUCCUCUACUUUGAGACAAGCAGAACAUGCUGCAGCUGAAAUAGCGCUAAAUACACUUGCCAACCGAGGCCCUUCAAAAGCGCUGGCUGCAAGAGUUUUGGAUGAAACAGGUGUCUAUAAGAACUUGCUUCAAGAGACUGCUCAUAGAGCUGGCUUAAAUCUUCCGGUCUACACCACUGUUCGAUCUGGAUCAGGCCAUGUUCCUAGUUUUUCUUGCAUUGUUGACCUUGCAGGGAUGAGCUUUACAGGGGAUCCGGCUCAGACUAAGAAACAAGCUCAGAAGAAUGCUGCAAUGGCUGCAUGGUCGGCCCUUAGAAAACUGUCUCGGGACAUUUCAUUUUUGUCUUCAUCAUCUUCAUUGGAGUCCAAAGGAAAACAAGAACAAGAGCAAGUCGUUGUUGCUCGUUUUCUUUCAUCGUUACGAUCAUCAGAAGCAGAGCAGUCUAUGCAAAACAAUUGUCGGAAUGAAAAACUGAGAUCAGUCCCUGUAUGUCGAGACCUAACCCCACCAAUCCGAAGCUUAUAUCCUAUGCAGGGUGAAGGUUGGCCUUACCCUAGUGUUCCCCCGGAAAUGGCCUUGCCCAUAUACCAAAUGUGGCAGCAAGAACAACUGUUGCAGCUGCAAAGCCAUCUGUUUCCAUUUCCAAUUUCUCCAGUUCCUCCUCCUGGUCCUCAAUUUCUUCCUUAUGUGCAGUCAAUUUUACACCCAGAUCGUCAUCUUUCAUUUCAAGAUAGGGACCUAGAACCUAUCUUUACGGCUCCAAGGCUCGCAAUUUCUACAUCACGCCCUUCUCUUUGCAUCUCUAAUCAUUUAGCAUCUCAACCAACCAUGGGAAGAUCUACAGUGACCAUUCAAGAGAUACAUGAAGAGAUCAAGGAAUCACCCAAAAACCCUCCACCACCUGUAGUGAUUGAUCGGUUUGUUCCGUGUCAAACUACUGCUGAAACAGGUAUCGGUGAAACAAAACAGGAAGACCACAAAAAGAAGAAUGCUGAGUUGGAAAGCAAAGUUUUCCACCCUGUGAAUGACCGAUUACAAAAUCCACAUGCCUUUGAAUCUUCUCAUAUUCGAUCAAAGUAUCCUGCAAGGACAAGUUAUUCCAGAAAUUCUAUACCACCACCAUCCUAUGCAGCAGCUCCUCAGAUGAUCCCAACAGUCAGACCGGUUUCUUCCAUGAUACCAAACAUGCAAGAGCCAGCAACUCAGGUUCCUGUCCCACCAAGAAUGAGAACUGGAGCUCCACCUUCUUCAGCCAGACCAAGGUUCGAGAGAAUGAGCCUUGGUGGUACACAUCGCAGUUCCAUUGCACCAACAGUUAGAAUACGAUCCGUUGUACCGGUCUGUUCGGCCCCAGCAUCAAGAAAUACACCAAACUUCAACAAGGAGGGACUGUUAUCCAACAAAGAGAAGAAAGAUACAGAUACCGAGGAUCUAACAACUGCAACUUCAGAAUUCAGUAAUCUUAGCAUGUAGGUGGAGAAUACACUGCUUUCGUCUUUUAAAUUAAUUAUAUUUCCAUACUAGUGAUAAACGCCAUCGUGCAUAGCUAAUAGCAGAGGAGGCUUGCUGUUUUCAUUUUCUCCCCCUUUUCUUUUGCGUUCAUGCUUUAGAAUAAAUAAAUAGCUUCCCAAAAAUCUGUAUAAAACCGAAAUCGACAUUUUAAAAAUUUUGUGC